GACACGAGAAUCUCUCUGCCCAGUUCCCCCGUGCCAUUCUCUCUCACCCUGCAUUCCAAUUGGAUAGCUCUCCAGCCGCUUCUGGCGCCGAUUGGCCUGUUGGCUAGCGUGGUUGGUUGCGCCGGUCCCGGCUCCUGCGAUGUUCCCGGGGUGUGUUUAGUGGAGGAGCGGCCCUUUGGACGACCUCAGAAGUGUAGAAGAAGCAGCUUUUUGAUUGGACACACCAGCCCUUAGCUCCUCCCAUUCAGCGUCUGCUCCAGCUUCAUUCCCAAACUAUCAGAUCACUGCUGAGAAUUCUCUUCAUUCAUAACCCUUCCUGCACUGAUGUUUCUCCCUCUCUGACCAGGCAUCCAUUGACAAGAUGAGUGGUGGAUAUUCAGAAAAUAAUAAUUAUCCCUAUGAUAAUAAUCAGAUGGUUUUGGACAUGAUUCUGUAUUCCCUUGUUGGUGUUCCUCAGCCAAUUAAUUGGGAGAGUGUCGCAAGGCUGGUUCCAGGAUAUACAUCCAAAGAGUGUGCCAAACGAUUUGAAGAACUGCAAAGCAAUGGGGCAUCUCCUGUAGACAACCAGUACAAUCCAUUAAUGGCAACUGGAGGUGUACCUCUUGAAAACCUAGCUACAUAUAUCAAGAGCUCUCUGCUCGAUUCAGCAGAGGACCCGGAAGAUAUGGCUGUAGGACAAGGGAGCAUCCCUGCAACAGGAAGAUCUGGUGCUACUUCAAAAUGUUCUGCUGAAAAUGACAAAUCACCAUCCACUAUGAAUGGAGACUCUGUAGGAAGCCAGGGGCCAAAGAUGGUCAUCCAUGUAUGUGAUGAAGCCAAGAACCUGAAGGAGGACUUUGUGUGUCCCCGUGAUCUCCUGGUAUCAGAGAUGAAGUACUUUGCUGAAUAUUUGUCUACUGAUGCCCAGAGGUGGGAGGAAGUUGACAUAUCUGUUCACUGCGAUGUGCAGAUUUUCAACUGGCUGAUGAAGUAUGUGAAACGUAAUUCAAAUGAUUCAAGUGACAAAACGGAGGUACCAAAGCUUGAACCUUCAAACGUCAUUUCAAUUCUGAUUUCCUCAGAGUUUCUGAAGAUGGAUUCGUUGGUAGAAGAAUGCAUUAAUUACUGUCACAAAAACAUGAGCGCUAUCGUGGCAACUCCAUGCAAUAUGAACUGCAUCAAUGCAAAUCUCUUGACACGCAUCGCUGACCUCUUCACGCAUAAUGAGGCAGAUGACGUGAAGGACAGAAAAGACAAGUUUAAAAGCAAAAUAUUUUGUAAGAAGAUUGAGAGAUUGUUCGACUCAGACUACAGGAACCCGGACUCUCCAGCAAACGCUUCAACUCUAUACAGAUGCUGCUUGUGUAAGAGGCUUCUGACUAAGGAAGCAGAGCAAAAGAUUGCAUGUCUACCAGGAAAAAUCAACAUAGACCAGUAUGGAAACAUAGUGUACUUUCACAUAAGGGACAAAAUGUGGGAUGUCCACGAGUACCUGACCAGUUUAUUUGAGGAGCUUAAAUCAUGGCGAGAUGUUUAUUGGCGGCUAUGGGGGACUAUAAACUGGCUUACCUGCUCCAGGUGUAAGCAAUCAUUCCUGUGCACUGAGCUGUCACACUGCCAGUAUCACCCCGAACCGGCAGUGUAUCCUGGUGCAGCAAGCUCCCUGGGGUCACCUGGCACCGGCAUGUACCCCUGCUGUAAUCAAAAAGUACUCCGAUUUGACCCUACCCAGCUUCCGAAGGGCUGCAAACUUAGAGACCAUGUCAUUGCUUUGCCCGAGGGAGGUGAAGGCCCUUCUUCCAAAGUGCUCUAUGACCUUCUGCAGCGCAGAGACAUCAUAGUCGUGCCUUAUUCCGUCGACGGGAGUGGAGAGUCAGGGAUCGUUUUAAGCAAUGAUAAAAUUCUUGACUGUGAUGUCAACUUAGGAUCUAACCCUUUAUGUGGGCCGAAGUAUGGCGAGAUAAGUGCUUUUCUUUCAGUAAAAAACUUCAGUCUACAAUUGAAGCAGCAGUCUUUGUUGUCAGAAGAGGACGACUACACAACUGGAUCCGAAGUGACAGAGGAUGAAGUUGGAGAUGAAGAAGAGGUGUCAAGGAAACAAGUAGGGAGAAAGUCAAAGACGAAGAAAUCAACUAAGCAGCCUAAAAAGCAUGUUUCAUCACCUUGUAUAAGUAAAAGGGAAAAACAACAAGAAAAGCCAUCACGAGAUUCCUCUCCAUUUACAGUGAGUCUUCAGAGGAAUAAGUGGGAUGCCUCUCGUUCGUUAAGAUAUAACCAGGAUGCCCAAAGAGAAGACGACCAGCGAAGGAUGACUGAAAUCACAGGUCACCUGAUAAAAAUCAGAUUAGGCGACUUGGAAUGUGCCAAAGCCAAGGAAGGGAAGGACCAGGCAGCAGGUAUAUACUCGAGACUGGAAGCUCAAGUCAAGGCUACUGCUCAGACCAAUGCUCGACAGAGUAAUACAGAAAAGAACCCAAGGUCUAAACCUCGUUUUGGUCUGGGAAGGCCAACAUAAAUAAACCGCAUACUGAUUAUGCUAUUGCAACAUUGAAACUGGAAGCUUGGUGAAAUUAAUUAUUUGCCUUUUUGGGAGAGGCAGGACCAAGCUUAGACGUUGGGCAGCAGACCACUGGCGUUCCAAAGCUUUGAUGGUGGGGCGCAUGAGCUGGGCACAGCUUCCUCAAACACUGGUGGACCACCCGCAGAAUAAGGGGAAGUAGACAAAAGUUUUGCCGUACUUGGAGCCCAACCCUUUGCCUCAUGCAACGUACUACAGUUGAGGAAAUCUGGGCUUAUGCCUUGUCUGCCAUAUUACUGGGUCAUUUGGAGAGGGUAAUUUAUUAAAAGCUUUGCAAGUUUUACCAUGUAGAGGCGGCAUCAAUUGUUUUGUUUUAUCUGUAAAUAUUGUUUUUUUUAUUAAACAUAUUUUAAAAGGAAA